AUGUGGCCAACAUCCACAUCAAGGUUAGAAAGAACAGAUUGGUGGGACAAGCAACUGAAAAGCGUCCGGUUACUUGAAAGAGUCAAGACGAGAUACAGAUCCCAGUACAAUGCCAAUGCAACUAUUGGAAAUCGGGCUUUUAGAACGUUUUUUGCCGACAAGAAGCCAAGGAUAGAUGUAAAGGACGGAGUCUACAAUAAUGUGAAGCAACCAAACACGAAUGACUCUUUUUGUGAUGAUACCAGCUACUUCUUUCGGAAUUCGUCCAGGGUGUCUCUUCCGUCGCGAGCCACAAAUGCUGAUUCUGCCAAGUCUAGCAAAUCAAGAAUAACAGUGGAUUCCGAACUUCUAAUUAUUGGAAAGAAAGUGAUUCGCAUCUCAGGUAUCUGUAAAGGUAUGUGCGUACCGUCGAUCGUGGCACAAUUGAGUGGAGGAGGUUUGGAGAAGAUCAUUUACCAUGAAAAAGAGAACUGGCUCGAGGUAUACUUUCUCUCAACCGUCCGCGCCACCCAAUUUUUGAAUUAUUCUAGAGAUACCGGCCUAUUUGUAGUCAAUGGCAUGCCGUUGGUGGUAGAAUGGAGCACCUCCUUGGAGGCAAGAACAUGUGAAUCUACACCACUCCCCAACCACAUGAUCGAAGAGAUUGAACUGUCAAAGGCUUCGAGAGUGCUAAUCUUAUCCAAGACUAUUCCUGGAAAAAGUGAAGAGACAAGUUCCAAAAGGGUUUAUCCCAAUCCUCGAGCCAACUUCUCAGAAGAAUUUGGCAUUGAGGCCGUAAAGUGGGACUUUAUAGCCUUUGGAGGGAUUGUUGAAGUUUCACCUAUGAUUUCUCUGAAAUUGAGUGUAUCCAUUCAAUUUACAGAUAUUCGAAGUUCGCUAUUGGCUAUGCGGUCUAUGAAACAGAGGAAUUCCACUCUUAGAUCCAAGUAUUCACACUGGUCUUUGCAAUAUGGGAAAGAUCCAGCCCAACGGCCAUGCUAUGCUGUGUGA